AUGACUAAGCACUUUUCAGCCGAUGCGCUAGCCUUGAAAUCGGGCCCAACGGUGGAGCUGCAGCCAGGGUCCAAGGUGCUCAAGCAUCUCAAGCUCCCCAUCUCUUCCAAGCGAAGCGAUGCAGAUCUUCGCUUACGCCCCAUAGGCGCAAGGGGCGGCACGCAYGCACUUCUCCACGGCACCCUCGUCAUGGUUGAUGUCCUCGCUGCAGAGGCACGUUCGUCCGCUCGCAGAGGACCCCACCACGGCACCAAGCGCACUCUUGAUGCGACCGAGACUGCGCCCAAGAGGCGGCGUCUGAUUCAUAUCGGCUCCUCUCCUCCACCCUACAGCACGGCAUACAGCGAUAACCUGGGACCGGCUCGGACGGCCACGGCGCCGCCAUCGCCGAGAGCGGAAAGCAAGCGGAAUGCGCCAUCCACGCGGUCUAGAAACGCACUCAGCUUGAGGGCAUCAUCGCCCGUAACGCCCUCUCCACCAGAUCCUCCGAACGUCUUCACACCGGAUCCUCUUCCUCCUCGUACUAAAAGGAGAGGCGCGCAGGGCGACGCCGGCGGAGAACAUGGGCUUCGCAUGCAAACUCGGCAGUUGCAACGCCUUCGUACGCUCGCCUGUACGGAUCCAGAUUCUCCAAUCGGGACUUUCGGCGGUCAGAUACUUCCGCACUCCAUCAGAGACACGACGCGCACGGGACGCAGAGCACCCAGGGCGGAGGCAUUAACUACUGAUGCUCUCUCCCGCGGCCACCAUCCUCAUCUACCUCCAGCAGGAAGCAAAAGCAGGAGCAAGCGGUCUAUCGAUGCGAAAGCUAACAAUGCAGACAGCGCUGAUGCGAAACAGGACGACAAGCUCAAACAUCCUGCUGACGGCAAGGCUGCCAAGCAGAGACGGCGUCAGCCGAAGAUUCAACGCGUUCAGUUCGGUGGCGUCCAGGCAUUGGAGACGCUUUAUCCGCCCAACGAAGCCCAGUCUCGCGCCUCUGUGCCGCCACCGUCCGACGAUCCAGAUGCUGCGGACGAAUCCGAUAUCACCUACUUUCCCACGCUACCACCCAAACGACCGCACGUCGGAACGCACAUGCAGACAGUGCAGACGGCGGAUGAAGACUUCUUGGACAAUCGCCCAUCUCUGAGCGCUGCCGCAUCUUCGCCUCCACCUCUGUUCGCCCCUGACGACGCUACACGAGACGACGGGGAUCCUGACAGCGAGGGCGACUCGAGUCGAGGGUUGCUCGAGGUCCUUUCACAGACUGCCUUGCGUAGGAUGAACCACGCCACCUCGCCUCCGCAACCACAACGCGUUGGUCACACACCCGCACGCCAAACCGCAAGGCAGACGCUGAGCCCGCACGAGAUUCGGAUCGAAUUCGACGCUGCACAUCUUUCGCACAUGCAGGCACGGCGAAUUGCCGAAGCGCUCAUGCGGAACGGCUCGGAUCGGCCGAAGUGGACCUCGGUUCGAUUGGACUCGGAUCACCCGCAUAGACGGAAGCUUCCGACACUAUUGCCGACUUCAAGCAAGGCAGUCCGGGCCGCGCUGGAUCCACCCACACGGCGCUCCGUCUGUGACGCCCUUUGCUUGACAGCAAGACAAGCAUCGCGAAAGGCGGGAUCUGAACGGCUUGAAUUCGUUCAUUUCGAUGCGGGCGCACACGUGCAUGAGGAGCCUGCAGAGGACCUCGAAAACCUGGCUGCAUUCGAGCACCAGAUUCACUUUGCCGGAUAUCGGCUCCAAGAUCAGGUCCCAUGCGACGCCGAACGGUCCACAUUUCCGUGCUUGGAGUCCUUAGGCAGCGAGGAAUGGCCCACACGACGUGGUCCUGUUGUCAAGAUUCUCGUGCCGCUGUCCGGUCCUCCGCUCCAUCCCGCUGCCUCUCCCGCACGCUUCAUCAAGCCACACGAUACUAGCGAUGAGGCCCACGGACCGGCUGCAAACGAUACGGUCCUUGUCUGGACCCCGACGACGGCGCGAAUGUUCCUGGCCGCGCUCGACGAGCAGGUGGCCUCAGGAGGAGUGUCGAGCUAUGCCGAGCUGCGUGGCCUCGAAGCGUCGGAGCUGGAGCUGUGUCCGUCACCCAUCCUACACUAUGUGGCUAGCACGGGCUCGUCGGAUGCGGAGGACGUAUCGACAUCGCAUGUCGCGCUCUACGUGCAUGCGCAUCGCGUUAACGAGGCACGCUCAGUCCUGGCGGCCCUGGAGCUCGGCGAUAUGCUUGGUGGCACUCCGUACAAGUUCAGGCCAUUCAGCGAUCCAAAGUUGCGACUUCUGAUCAUCAGCGUGGUUGGCAAACCACUCGGCUUGAUCUGA